AUGAGUGUCGACAGCGAGAAAGGAUCGGAGAAUGCUCCACCAAAACCUCCAGUCUUUGCUGAAGGUGGGCUUAAGGCAUGGUGUGCAGUAGUCUCUUGCUGGUGUAUUAUGUUUAACACAUUUGGCUAUAUUAAUGCAUUUGGAAUAUACCAAUCGUACUAUUCGCAAAACCUUCUACAGAGUGAGAGUGAAUCGAAUCUUGCUUGGAUUGGAUCUAUUCAAGUAUUCUUCAUGUUUUCGGGUGGCCUCAUUGCCGGCCCGUUGAUGGAUCGUUACGGUCCAAAGAUUAUCGUUGUUCCCUGCUCAGUCCUCUUUGUCUUAUCGGUCAUGUUGACAAGUCUUUGUCAUGAAUAUUAUCAGUUUAUGUUAGCCCAAGGUGUCUUGGGUGGACUGAUGAACGGCUUGACCUAUACGCCGACUGUAACAGCGGUAAAUCAAUACUUCUUCAAGCGACGUCCGAUAGCUAUGGGUAUUUCAUCAAGUGGUUCCUCUCUAGCAGGAGUCAUAUUUCCAAUUGCACUAAACCGCUUGCUAAAUCACUCAUCUCUCGGCUUUGGCUGGUCAGUCCGCGUAGUCGGAUUCAUCAUGCUUGCCAUGUGUCUGGUGGCCUCUGUAACUGUCAGCUCACCAGCUCCACGCCGAAAAGCAGGUCCUUUGAUUCUCAUUGAAGCGUGGAAGAACCCGGGAUAUACAAUUCAAAACGUUGGCAUUUUCCUCUUGAUGUGGGGAAUGUUUACACCGUUCUUCUACAUUCCAGGAUACUCGAUUUCGAUAGGAAUUGGAGUCGACUUGUCGAAUUACCUCAUCGCCAUUUUAAAUGCAGCGUCCCUUUUUGGUCGUUUGCUAGGUGGAGCAAUAUCAAACAAGUUUGGUCGCUCAAAUGUGAUGUUUUUUUCAAGUACUGCUUGCGGUAUUUUAAUAUUAGGCUGGCUAGCCAUCAAGUCACUCGGUGGUAUGAUCGUGUUUUCAAUUCUUUACGGAUUUUUCUCUGGAUCCUUCAUUGGACUCUUCCCUUCCAUGAUUGCCAUGGCUGCACCAAAGCCGAAUAUGAUUGGAACUUAUGUCGGUAUGGCGAUGGGAUUUCUGGGCAUUGCCGGAUUAACUGGUACACCGAUCACGGGAGCCAUGAUCAACAGUUAUGGGACCUAUACGGCCGCGAUUAUAUUUUCGGGUGUCGUGUGUCUGGGAGGCUCGGCUUUGUUACUUGUGGCCCGCUUCAUUUUCUUUGGUCCCAAAUUGAUUGCGUAAACGACUGAAGUGGCUGGCAUUUCGAAAAAUCACAGGAGUUUGAUAGUUGAGAGUGCUGUUGAGAAACAGAAACAACAGGGUUUGUAACAACAUAGAAGUGUAUACAUGUCUGUCGUUCUAGAAUGUUGAUAGAAUAGAGAAUAGCC